AUGAGGGCCGCGCGCCUCCUCGCCCCGCUGUGGCUCUUCGCCGCGCCGUGCCGCUGCGCCUCCUCCCUUCUGCCGCGGGAGCGGCGGCCAGUCCCCGCGCCGCGCCCGGAGCGGCUGCCGAGCCGGAGGCCGCUCUGCUCCUCACGGGCGCCCGGCACGCUGCCCGGUACCGACCCGAGGGAGAGUGGCGCUGGCAGCUGCGCCGAGAAGGAUAAGGAGGAGGAGGAGGAUGAUGAUGAAGGCAUAGAGUUCGGGACACUGUCUAAUAAAUUUUCCUCUCGAAAAUAUUAUCACAAAGCCACACCGCGCUUUCGGGAUUUGAAGCUGCGAGAAGAGGGAGAGGAAGAACCGGAAAGAAAACCGCGCCGCGGCCCUAAGAACACCCCGUACUGGUACUUCUUAAAAUGCAAAGCGCUCAUCAGGGACGACAAGCUGGCAGAGGCCCUGGAGCUGUUUGAGGUGCAGAUGUUGAAGGAAGAGCGCGUGCAGCCAGAAGAAUACAACUACACUGUUCUAAUCGGCGGCUGCGGCAGGGUUGGCUACCUGAAAAAGGCAUUCAGGCUCUACAAUGAUAUGAAAAAGCGAGGCCUGACUCCCUCAGAGGCCACAUACACAGCCCUGUUCAACUCCUGUGCGGAGUCGCCGUGGAAGGACUCGGGGCUGCAGAGUGCCCUGCACCUGCGGCAGCAGCUCAAGAGCAAAAACAAGGAGCUGAACCUACUGACGUACCACGCGCUGCUGAAGGCCUGUGCUCUCUGCUCUGACCUCAGGAUGUGCUGUGAUGUGCUGAAGGAAAUUGUGCACAAGGGGCAUGUUCCCACAGCUGAGACCUUCAGCUUCCUUCUCAUGAGCUGCAUCAAGGACAAGGAAAAUGGCUUCCGAUACGCCUUACAGGUUUGGAAACAAAUGACUAAACUUGGAAUCAAGGCUAACAGCUACAGCUACAAUCUGAUGCUGCGUGCUGCCAAGGACUGCGGAAUAGGUGAUCCUGUGGUGGCUUCUGAACUCCUGCUUAGAGCCACCGGUGAGAACUCGCCCCAGCUAAGGCUGGCACCUGGGAAGCAGCAGGAAAAGGUGAAAACUCAGAGGAAGAAGGGAGCAGAGAGUGCAGCUGCUAUCCAGCUGGAUGUGGAAGCCCUGGAAAAGCAAUUAUUUCAUGAGAGUUCCGUGCAGCCUGAAGAACUGAUCGGGAAACAAAACAAAGAUGUGACUCAGGCUGAAACAAAACCAGCUCUCAACAGCCCCAGCAUAGCUCACAGCACAACUCCAGAAUUGCUGAAGAAAGGCCAGAAGAUGGAGCAGGAGCAAGCACACCUAAGCCAGAAGCCACAUUUCUGCCAGCUGCCCAAUUUGCUGGAUUCCAGGGUGCCUGGUGCUGGCGUAGUUUCCUUGGGAACAGUAGCUACACCAUCUGAUCGACUGGCUUUGAUGGGGGACAUGGAGGGCUUCUUGAAUAAAAUGAAAGAGGACAAUGCAGAACCCACCAUUAAAACAUUUACAUUACUGGCUGAGCUGGUGGAACCCGGAAGCCCCUCAGAGUCCUCUUUACUGGCACUCCUGGAUGAGCAUAAAGUGAAAGUAGAUGUGAACUUCUUUAACACUUUAAUAAGGAAGAGAAGUAAACAGGGAGACCUGGAAGGAGCCAAGAGUGUGCUGCCCACCCUCGUGAAGAGGGGACUCUCGCCUAACCACCAGACCUUCUGUCACUUGGCAAUCGCUUGCCACCAAGAGAAGGAUGGACUGCAGUUACUCUCGGAUUUGAAGAGAUCUGGAGUGACUCCCAACAAGUACAUCUACAGCACCCUCAUUGAUGCUGCUGUGAAGAAGCUGAAUUACAGUUAUCUGACUGAGAUCCUGCGAGACAUGAGGAACAACCAAGUGCCUCCCAAUGAAGUCAUCAUCCGGCAGCUGGAGUUCGCAGCACAGUACCCUCCGAAAUUUGACAGGUAUAAGGAAAAGAACCCCUACCUGGAGAAAAUCGAUGGCUUCCGUGGGUACUACUAUCGGUGGUUAAAAAUAAUGGCAGGAGAGGAGACUCCCCACCCCUGGGCAAAGUACAGAACAGCAAAACAUGAAGUAGGUGACUCUGAGGCAGAGGCUGUGCAGGAGCAGCCAGGGCAGAAGGCGCAGUGA